UUGAAUCGUUUCACUUUCGAAAGGACGUCAUCGUAUGUCGGUACUAAACGCGCAAGUUCCACUGAGCUGCUACAAACUGCAGGAAUAGAGCUUAGCAAUCGCAGUAUCCUAGUUAGCUUGGGCAAGCGCACGAUAGUGUGGUACCAAGUAUGCUCUUACUAAAAUAAAACUUUAUUUUGAUUCAGUCGCGAUAUAUUCACAAAACUUUUUUGCGAUUAUUUAAACUGUGGACAUAUAACGAAAGUAUCCGGAUCGGUUGUCAACAUUGUCUUUCUUGUAGUGCAGUAGUCAAAAUCACGUGUACCUUCAAAGGAUUCUUCAGAUAUUAAUUUAAUAAAAAACGGUGAUUUAAAAUUUAAAUAAGUGACUGAUCGGGCCUGGAUAACCAAGUGCUUAUCUGCAUUUCGGUAGAUUUUUACCGAAAAUGGAAACUGUUGGAAAGUGCGUGAAGUGUAGUUAGUUAUAAUAACGUACGGACGCAUCUUACUAUUUAAAUAGUAAAAAGACAACCGCGAAUUUUCGGUAGUGAAAGUAGCGAGUGAAAGUUAAUUUGGAUUCAAUAACGAUGGAUUCACCGCAAAUGUAUGAUAAUCAGCAACAUACGCAAAAUGGUGCAGUGAUGAACCAUAAUGAGAAAAAAACUGUAAUUAUAAAUAAUAAUAGUAACUUAACGAAUUUAAAUACGAGUAAUGGAACGACUAAGCAAACGGCGGCACUACUAAAACAACACCACAUGCAACAGUACCAACACGGCGAAUUAAGCGAUCUGAACACCCCGGAAAUAUCACUAGACUUACAGAAUUUGAUAGACGAUUCGCAGUUAAUGAACGAAGGCAUCUUUACGGACAUCUUACAGAACCAAGUACCGAACAAACAUUUGCAAAAUUUACACCCUAGACAAGUAUUGAAUAGUUUACCCAGUUCGAAUUAUCCCAGAACGACUUUGGCGUAUAUGCCACAACCGGUACACAGUGGUGCUACUUACGCUGGAAACGGUAAUCAAACAUCGAGUAGUGAUUCGAAUAGUUCGGGAGUGAGUGACUCUCCAUUAAUUAAAGAAGAACCGAUCGACCCCCAAGACUACAGGCGAUCUUGUAACGUCAUGCCCAACAGCUACAUGCAAGGACCGUCUUAUCCACCGAACGGUGGUGCGCCGGGUUUCGCACCACUCACCCCCAGUAGCGUGUUGCAUCAUCAGCAGUUGAACGCGAUGAAGAACAAGGCGGUCAUGUUAAACCAGCACGCCGCCAGAAAACACAUGAAACCAUGCGACAAAAAUAGCGACGAGUACAGGCGGCGAAGGGAGCGAAACAACAUCGCCGUCAGGAAAAGUAGGGAAAAGGCGAAGGUGCGAACGCGCGAAACUGAGGAAAAAGUCAAAAUUCUCGUCAAAGAAAACGAAAGACUGCAAAAGAGGAUAGAGCUCCUAAGCGAAGAACUGAACGUACUUAGAAGUCUGUUUUCAAACGUGGGUGUCCUACCGGAGCACAUCCAUCGAGAAAUAAACAAACACCUGGAUGCCUUUCAAUUGCAACAGCAACAGCACAUGACAGAAGACAGAUCGAGGGUCAUGGACAUCAUAAAUGAUUACGGACAAUAGCCUAGAUAUUUUAUUUAAAUUAUUUGUACCCGAUAGACUUAAUUUUUUUGUAUACUGACGAAAUCGACGACAAAUCCGUUUGCCUUACAUACGACAAUAAGGUUAAAAAAACAUUUUUCAUGUAAUAUAUAAUUUGAACAGCGGAAAGUUUCGAUGUUAUUAAUCGCGUGAAGAAUUUUUUGUUCAGUUUUAUCUAGAUCUCCUUGGUGUCGAGAAAUAAUUUAUUAAUGAAACGAUUUUUGUUUAUUUUGCAAGGAAUCUUCACUUUUUUUAUAUUAUUUUAGAAAAUUUUGUAGAUAACUCGCGUCGUAUUAGAUUCCUUGCAAAAUAAAGUUAAUAGCUUUUAACGGGUAUUUAAAGAUUAGAAUUGUUCCGUUCGUUUUUUUGUGAUCGACUAAAGUGUAUUUUAAAAUGGAAUAUACUAUAAUUUUGCAACCGAAGCUAUCGUACCUUUUUUAAAUUAUAAUAGAUUGUAUUUCUAGAGGAUAUAUUUUUUUAAAAAA